AUGUCUCUAUUUGAAGCGUGUCAAAAAGCAAAUAUUGAUCAAAUCAAAUCUUUAAUUAAACAACAAUGUAAUAUAGAACAAGUAGAUGAUCAAGGUCGAACAGCACUUCAUUAUUGUUAUGAUCAUGAAAAUAUUGAUUGUGCUCGUAUUUUAUUAGAAAAUGAUCUAGUGAAAAAAUCUAUUCUUAAUAUACAAGAUAAUGAAGGUUAUUCAGCACUUAAUUUAGCUUGUUUGAAUGGAAAUAUUCGUAUGGUAAAAUAUCUUUGUGAACAAGGUUCAAAUGUAAAUCUAGUUGAUAAUGAAUCACAUUCUCUUAUACAUUGGAUAACAGUUUGCGAACAUUUGGAUCUUUUCGAUAUACUCAUUCAAUAUCAUGCACCAACACAUAUAUCAGAUAUUUAUGGUGCUUUUCCAAUUCAUUAUGCAUCACAAUUAUGUGGAAAUAAUGAUUCACAUAAAGGUUUGGGUAUUUUGAAAAAAUUAAUUGAUUGCAAUGUAGAUGUUAAUUGUGUUGAUGAACAAAAACGAACACCAUUUAUCUGGGCUGCUAGUGGAGGUGCUAUUGAUGCAUUACGUAUAUUAUACAAAGCGGGUGCCAAUCCAUUACAUGUCGAUAAAGAUUCUUUAACAGCACUUCAUUGUGCAGCUACUCGUGGACAUGCAUCUUGUAGUCGUAUGUUAGUCGAAAUAUAUGAUUGUCCAAUAGAAGGCGAAGAUAUAAAUGGUUGUACAGCAUUAUUUUAUGCUAUUUCACUUAAACAUUCAGAUGUUUCUCAAAUAUUACUUGAUUUAAGAGCAAAUACGAAUCAUCAAGAUAAUCGUGGAAGAACACCAAGUCAUUGUGCAACAUUAAACGGAAAUAUUGAUUGUUUAAAACAAUUAAUAAAAUACAAUGCUAAUAUUUGGAUAAAAAAUAAACGUGGUGAUUAUCCAGUACAUGAAGCAGUGAAUGCAAUAUCACUUUCUAAAGUUCAUCAUGACACCGAUGAAUAUUUACAACUACAAACAGAAUGUUGUGAUAUUGUUCGAUAUAUAUUUAAAUUAUAUCCAAAGAAAGUUAAUAUUCGAAAUGGUGAAAAUAGAACUUCACUUCAUUUAGCUGCUAGUGUAGGCGAUAUUGCAAUGUGUAAAAUAUUAAUUGAAUGUGGAGCAAGAGUAAAUUCAUUUAUUCAAACAACAGCUGGUAAUUUUAUAACUCCUUACGAUCUUGCUCAUAUUCGUUGUCAAGAUGCUUGUGCUGAAUAUCUCGUACUUAAUCAUGGUGGACAACGUGGUAAUUUACUAGCACAUAUAUAUGCUCGUCGUAUUCAAAAAUUUAUUCGUAAAUAUAAAAUUCGAAAACCAUCAAUUGCCGAUCAACGUCGAAAAUUAUUUGCUAGAACAGCUCAAACAAAUAAAAAAUCUUUGAAACUUGAAAUACCUAUUUCUAAUUCGAUUACAAAACCUAUUCCAUCAAUAAAAUCUACAGAUUAUUUAUUAAGUCAAGCAAAAAUAUGUUUAGAUAAUAAAAUAAUUGAAGAUCGUUUAACAAAAUUAAAAAUAAAUUCAUCGAAAUAUUUAAUAAAUACAUCAAAAGAAGAAAAUAAUCUAACACAACGACGUCAUCUAUUUGCAAAAUCAAAAACAACCAUGACAUCAAUGAAUCAUAAUGAUGAAUAUAAUAAAUUAAAUUCAACAGAUAAAGUAAUUAUUCAUACAUCAAAUUCAAUUGCAACUUCAGUUAAACUUUAUGAAAGACAUAAAUUAAUAGCCGAAGAAUUAUUUAAAAUAAAACAAGCUCGAAUUCAUAAUGAUAGUAUUAUUAUCAAUCGAUCAUUAUAUAAAAUUUUAAUUGAAAAUGCUUUUAAUCCAAAAAAUCGACAUGUUAGUGAAAUUGAAAAAUAUCUUGAAACAUUACUGAAAGCUUAUGAAAAUGAAUUAGAAGCUAUACGAAAACGUACUAAAACAAAAGAAAAACAUCUAUAUCCAUCAAUGAAUGAAACAGAAUUAGAUAAUACAACUGCUUCUUCCAAAACUGUUGAAAGUCGGUCUAGUAAAAAGAAAAGUGCACCGAAAGCUCCAAAAGAUGAUGCUGAUACGACGAUAAACAACGACGGUGAAAAAAAGCGAAAAUCUACUAAAACUGCUGCUUCGACGACAGAAACUACGGAAAGAAAAAGUCACAAAACUAAUGCUGAAAAGGAAAAUGAUGAACAAAUCGGUUCGACAAGUAACGAUCAAGAAGUUCCUGUUAAAAUAAAGAAAAAACGUGCACCAAAACUUGCAGUAACUGACGAUGAUAAUAAUCAAUCAGUAACAACAGAAGAACCAAUUAAGAAGAAAAAGUCUAAAGCACCAAAAGUUAGUCCUAUUAUUGAUGAUGAAUUUCAAGUAAUCGAUGGUUCAGCUGUCGAUGAAAUACAACCUUAUGUUGAAGCAAAACCUAAGGUAAAAAAAUCAAAAAAAUCCAAAGCACCAGUAUCGGAAGCAAGAUACGAUUCAUUUGAAGAUUUACAAGUUACUAAUCUUGAUGAUCCAUAUCCACAAACAACGGAUAUUCUUCCUGAUAUGUCUUUGGAAAAUCUUCCACCAUUGGAAAAUGAUAUGAGUGAAUUUCAACAAUCAAUUUUAGAGACUUAUAAUAAUUUAUCUUCAAAAGUAAAUUUUUUUCAAUAUGUUGGUGAUGAUCAAUGGUUUGUUAGUCAUCUACCAAAAUCAGGCCGGCCAGAACCUAAGCAUCGUAUAAGAAACAUGUUGCCUAUUAUUAAUAGUAAAGAGGAAAGAGUAACAGCAAAAUCAAUAAUAAUGACAAGAGGUAAAGUAUUAAAGCGUUUUAAUCGUGGUAUGAAUAUGCUUGUACGUGAUCCAAAGAAUAUAUUUUUUGGUGAAUAUCAACAAGAAUAUGAAUUCAAUCAAGAAGAGGAUGAAGAUGAUGGUGUUGAUACAGAUGAUUUACAUCGUUAUGCACAAAAAUUACGUGAAUUAGAAGAUCAAGAUCGUGAAGUUAAUCCUGAAUUUCUUAUACUUCAAGAUGGAAAAACUACUUAUGGUGUACAUGAAUCUGAUGCCGAUGGCAAGGUUACAUUAGCUAAACGUAAACCAAUUUAUGAUCGUACAGCUGAUCAACAACCUGAUGAACAACAGAUAGAAAAAAAGAAGCUUUUAUCUCGUUUGAGAUUGCCAUUUGGUCGAAAUAAAGAUGGUAAAGAUACUAAGUCAGCUAGUACAACACCGGAUAAUCGUACACAUCGUAAAUCAAGUCGAAAAUCUGUUAGUGGUGAUGUACCAAAUGAUGAACAAAUAUAA